AUGACAGCGUCGGGUUUUGACUGUUUGGUCGGAAGCCGCUCCGAGUCUGGUCUGGCGUCAACAAUGCGUACGACGGUUGCUGUGGUGCUGCGUGCGGCGGCAGCUGUGGCGCUGCGUGCGACGGCUGCUGCGGUGCUGCGUGCGACGGCUGCUGCGGCGCUGCGUGCGACGGCUGCUGCGGCGCUGCGUGCGGCGGCAGCUGCGACGCUGCGUGCGGCGGCUGCUGCUGCGGCGCUGCGUGCGGCGGCAGCUGCAGCGGCUGCUGUGCGGAACUUGAAAACGCUGUGUACAGCAGCUGCUGUGCGGAACUUAAAAACGCUGUGUACAGCGGCUGCUACGGCGCUGCGUGCGGCUGCUGCUGUACAGAACUUGAAAACACUGUGGACAGCUGCUGCUGUGUGGCCUGAGUCGACGAUUGUCGUGGCACCGAGUGCGACGGCUGCUGCAGAAAACUACUGGAAAACGCUGUGUACAGCGGCUGCUGCCUGA